GGGAGUUGUAGUUUCUCUAUUGGUGAAGCGAGGAGGAGGCGGAGUGACUCGGCGGCCAUUAGCUGUGUGUAGUUGCCCGGGACUAGGAGCUUAAGUGAAGAGGGAAGAUUUAUUCGGUGGAAAUCAAUCGUAGCCAUGGGUUGCUGCCGGGGUUAGCCCUAGAGUACGGAGCAGGCGGACUUUUCGGUGCCCCGCCCAGCUUAGUGGCGGGGCCUACUAGGCCUCCGGGCAUCCCCGGUCUCAAGUAGGCCUUGUCUACCGGCAAGGGCGCCCCAAAGGCGGGAGGCGCCAUGUCGCUGGUUGCUUACGCCAGCAGCGAUGAGAGUGAGCCGGAUGAGGCUGAGCCCGAGCCAGAGGAAGAGAAGGCGGCGGCACCUACAUCUGGGCCCACUUUAGGAGGCUUGUUCGCUUCUCUCCCUGCGCCCAAGGGUCCGGCCUUGCUGCCUCCGCCCCCUCAGAUGCUAGCCUCAGCCUUUCCCCCGCCUCUGUUGCUGCCCCCACCCACCGGAGACCCCAGGCUUCAACCUCCUCCCCCGUUGCCCUUCGGCCUGGGUGGCUUCCCCCCACCUCCAGGCGUGAGCCCGGCUGAGGCGGCGGGAGUUGGGGAGGGGUUGGGGUUGGGGCUGCCCUCGCCCCGAGGCCCUGGCCUCAGUCUCCCCCCUCCAAUUGGCGGGGCCGGGCCCCCCAUGGGGCUUCCCAAGCCAAAGAAGAGGAAAGAGCCCGUGAGGAUCGCGGCGCCGGAGCUGCAUAAGGGAGAUUCAGAUUCCGAGGAGGAUGAACCCACAAAGAAGAAAACUGUCCUUCAGGGAUCCAGCGAGGGGACUGGUCUGUCUGCCUUGCUUCCCCAACCUAAAAACCUGACUGUGAAAGAGACUAACAGGUUGCUCCUGCCCCAUGCCUUCUCCCGCAAACCCUCGGAUGGCUCUUCUGAUACUAAGCCCUCUAGACUGGCUUCUAAAACCAAGACUUCCCCUCUUGCCCCUGUUGUGGGCACUACAACCACAACUCCGUCGCCCUCUGCUAUCAAGGCUGCUGCCAAGAGUGCAGCUCUGCAGGUGACAAAGCAGAUCACACAAGAGGAGGAUGACAGUGAUGAGGAAGUAGCCCCCGAGAACUUUUUCUCCCUCCCUGAAAAGGCCGAGCCACCUGGAGUCGAGCCAUACCCUUACCCCGUCCCCACUGUCCCUGAGGAGCUGCCUCCAGGCACGGAACCAGAGCCGGCUUUCCAGGACGAUGCAGCCAAUGCCCCCCUUGAGUUCAAGAUGGCAGCAGGCUCAAGUGGAGCCCCGUGGAUGCAGAAGCCUGGGGAUGACUACAGCUACAAUCAGUUUUCCACAUAUGGCGAUGCCAAUGCCGCUGGUGCUUAUUAUCAGGAUUAUUACAGUGGUGGCUACUAUCCUGCACAGGACCCGGCCUUGGUCCCCCCCCCGGAAAUUGCCCCAGAUGCCUCCUUCAUUGAUGAUGAAGCAUUUAAACGACUACAGGGCAAGAGAAACCGAGGGAGGGAGGAAAUCAACUUUGUGGAGAUCAAAGGUGAUGACCAGCUGAGUGGGGCUCAGCAGUGGAUGACCAAGUCAUUGACAGAAGAGAAGACCAUGAAGUCAUUCAGCAAAAAGAAGGGUGAGCAGCCAACAGGCCAGCAGCGGCGGAAACAUCAGAUCACAUAUCUGAUUCAUCAGGCUAAGGAGCGUGAGCUGGAACUGAAGAACACCUGGUCAGAAAACAAGCUCAGCCGCCGUCAGACCCAAGCCAAGUAUGGAUUCUAGGGCUUCAGAACCAACUCUUACAAGGACCUCCUGCCAGCCCAGCUGGCUCGGCCCCCAGCUUCACUUCUGGGACCCCAGCUGCUCUUAGCCCAGGAUCUCUUUCCCUGAGGACCCAGCCCUCGCCUCUGCGAGAAUGAACAUAUUUGAUAGAUCUUUCUUAACAAAAGUUAGAAAAUUCAGCUCCUUUCUGUCUCGGAGCUAGCAAAGACUUGAGUGGUGCCCCUGAAGGGGCUCUGAAUCUUGGAUGGGAGUUUUGCUCUCUGUCGGAUGUGAUGAAAUAUUGACCCCCUCCCGCCCCCCUUUUUUUUAAAACCAGGGAUGUCUGUUGAAAUAAAACAUUCAGUCUGACAGACGCCA